GAGCACUUACCUACAUGCAGGCAAUACAAGCAUACUAAUAAUAUAUUUUUUUUUAAAGUCCAAGGACAAAUGGUGGUGUCUUGGACUGGAGUGACAGUAGUUGAAAGGAAGAGAUUUGUAUAGAUUUUGAGAGAUACAGGGUAAGAAGCAUUAUCAGGACUUAGUAGUAGUAUGGAUGUGGAGAAUGAGGAGCUGAAGGUUUCAAGGACAUCGCAAGAUAUAACUGACAAUGAUGCCGUGUUUUCAUCUGGGGUAUUAUCAGAUCAAGCAGGAGUGCGAUGACCUCCAUCCUGCGAAGUCCUCAGGCUCUCCAACUCACACUAGCCUUGAUCAAGCCUGAUGCAGUUGCCCACCCACUAAUUCUGGAGGCUAUACAUCAACAGAUUCUGAGCAACAAAUUCCUUAUUGUACGAAUGAGAGAACUGCUAUGGAGGAAGGAAGAUUGCCGGAGGUUUUACCAAGAGCAUGAAGGGCGUUUUUUCUAUCAGCGACUGGUGGAGUUCAUGGCCAGUGGGCCAAUCCGAGCUUACAUCCUUGCUCACAAAGAUGCCAUCCAGCACUGGAGGACACUGAUGGGCCCCACCAGAGUGUUUCGGGCACGCUUCAUGGCCCCAGAUUCAAUUCGUGGGAGUUUUGGCCUCACUGACACCCGCAACACCACCCAUGGCUCAGAUUCUGUGGCUUCUGCCAGCAGAGAGAUUGCAGCUUUCUUCCCUGACUUUAGUGAGCAGCACUGGUAUAAGGAGGAGGAACCCCAGCUACGCUGUGGCCCUGUGCGCUACAGUCCAGAAGAAGGUAUCCACUGUGCAGCCGAAACAGGAGGCCCAAGAGCAGCCUGGUAAAGGCCAGUCAACUCCAAGGACCAGUGGGCAAUCCCGGCCUUUUCUCUUAUACUCCUGGUCCAAAACAUUCUCUUAGGAUGAAGGAAGCGUGAGUUAAAGGCCCUGUCUCUGUUGAGCCCCACCACCUGCCUAAAGAUCUAGCUCAUGACUGCACUUCCUCCGGAAUCCAGCUCUUUAUCUACCUCUUCUAUGGAAUGUCAUGGGUACCUAGGAAGAAUGGUACUCCCCUUUUUUCAGAGAACUAUUCAUCUUUCCUCAAGAAGAAGCUUGCCUAAUUGACUCAGCUGGAAAAUAUGGUGACUAUAUAAACAUGCAGCCUGUCUUUUUUAAUAAAUUUGUUUCUACUGACUCCUCAAGGCUUCCAGCUUUAUCUCUACCCUUCAUUGGGAUAACUGCAUUGAUCUGAAGCCAGUUUUCUGUUCUAUGCUAACUGAAGAGAGAAUUGUUUAGGAAUCUCCCAGAGGGUUGACUUAAAUGUGCAGCUUACUUAGCACAUAAAUGUACCCAGUGACUGAGCUGGGUAUGGACUAAAACUAUACUACGC